AUGACUAUCAACCCUACCUACCUGGCGCAGCGCACGCGCUCCUCUGUCAACUGGGGCGAUGCGAAAUUCCGAGUCUUGAAGUCGUACCGUGAAUGGCUCCGCGCGUCCCCGGAGAUCCAGACCAUGUACUCUCUGGGCAUGCCCGUGUCCGCCAUCCGCACCAAGAUCCGCCAGGAGUUCGAGAAGCACCGCUACGUCAGCCAAUUGCCUGUCGUGGAUGUGCUUUUGUACCAGAGCCACGCCGAGUUCCAGGAAACCCUUAACUACUGGAAGCAGCUUUCUCACGUUAUGAAGUACUUCCGCCCAGAAGAGGACCCUGGCGCGCGGCUACCCCGCAACUUCGUUUCUGGUUUCCUCGAGGGUCGCAAUUAA